AUGGGCGACCUUCUCAACACCCCCGUCGUCAUUGACAAUGGCAGCGGCACCAUCAGAGCAGGUUACGCCGGCGAGGAUGCUCCGCGUUGCUUCUUCCCCUCAUACGUUGGUCGGCCAAAACAUACACGUGUGCUGGCGGGAGGUCUCGAAGGCGACAUCUUCAUUGGCAAUCGCGCGCAGGAGCUACGGGGUCUGCUCAAGAUACGCUAUCCGCUGGAGCAUGGCAUUGUCACCGACUGGGAGGACAUGGAGAAGAUCUGGCAGCACAUUUACGCAGAGAUGAACACACAAUCCGAGGACCACCCCGUGCUACUCACCSAGGCGCCCCUCAAUCCGCGUGCGAACCGAGAGACGGCAGCGGAGAUUCUGUUUGAGCGAUUCAAUGUCCCCGCUUUAUACACGUCCAUCCAGGCCGUGCUAUCACUCUACGCCUCGGGCCGUACUACAGGCAUCGUGCUGGACUCGGGCGAUGGUGUCUCGCAUGCUGUGCCCGUCUACGAGGGCUUUGCCAUUACGAAUAGCAUCCGCCGUAUUGACGUGGCCGGCCGCGAUGUCACCGAAUACAUGCAAUACCUGCUGCGGAAGGAGGGAAGCGUCUUCCACACCAGUGCCGAGAAGGAGAUCGUAAAGGCCAUCAAGGAGAAGGUUUCCUACGUUGCUCUCGAUCCUAAGAAGGAAGAGAAGGAGUGGCAGACUGCAAGCAGUCGAGGUGGGGAGAGCAAAGUGGCCGAGUACGUGUUACCAGACGGCAAGAAGCUCAGAGUGGGUCCAGAGCGGUUUAGAGCGGCCGAAAUCCUUUUUGACCCCGAGUUAAUUGGGGUGGAGUGGCCCGGUCUACACCAGAUCAUCGUCGACUCCAUCAAUCGCACCGACAUGGAUCUGCGCAAGAGCCUGUUUGGCAAUAUUGUGCUGUCGGGUGGGUCAACGAUGAUCAAGGGUUUUGGAGACAGGCUCCUGCACGAGGUGCAGCGACUGGCCCUCAAAGACACAAAGAUCAAGAUAUUUGCACCGCCGGAGCGGCUGUACAGUACAUGGAUUGGCGGCAGUAUCCUCGCGGGCCUGAGUACAUUCCGGAAGAUGUACGUGCGUGUUGACGAUUGGCAUGAGAAUCCAGAAAUCAUUCAUCAAAAGUUUGCGUAA